AUUGUCUCCCUUCUGGCCCAAAAGGUUUUUAAGGUGUUUAUAUCUCUUUUCGAAUGUGAUAAAGACGAAGCGAUAGAUGCGAGUAUGAUCUUUUGAAGAAACGAUCCGCACAAUUUUUACUAAUUUAGUUCUUGUUCUCUCUGUUUGUAGUCUAACCAUGCCAACAUGCGACUUGGAUCAUUCAGUUCUCUGUUUCGUUUGUAUUAUUGAUCCGUAGCAAGAGCUUGGGUGCGCCAGAUCAUGUUGCUUUCUUUUCGUUGUUGGAGAUGUUGCAGGUCAUGGCAUCUUCGUAUUCUGGUGUGGUUGCACACAUUUGGACCAAUGCUCCACGCCAAUGAAGAAUUGUUGUCUUUGCUUUCUGACGCAACUGCUACCUCCAGCUCCACCUCUCCACCUGUCCAAGCAAUUUUCUUUUUAGCACGAGCUGCUCGGUUUCCUGUGCGUGUGCCGUCGUGGAACGACGUUGCUAGCGAGGGCACAACUGCUGAAGACGACGGCGUGCAGCAGGCCGGUGAGAAGUACCAGAUUCUACACAAAGAUUACCGAGGACGAGGUAGCCCCGCUCCUCGUGCACGCCCCGAAAAUCCGACGUUUCAAGUGCAAAAUAAUGUAGCUCCGUUUACGACGGCCGUCGACCACGGUGUCCGGGAAGAACCUACUGCUACCGACGCGUCGCGACCUGAGCCGGCGGGCGCGUCUUUCUUGGUCGACGAACCCCUCUUUAUCACUGCGACCACGAUCUGCGCCGAUGAACUACACGUCGAUAAUUUGUUGCCUAGAACAUCAAGCACUGGCGACGAACCGCAGCCUGCUCAACCAGAGCGACAUGCGGAAGACGUCGCUUCAGGUCCCGCUCCGCUGGGCAGCGCUGUUGGCACCGGAGAUGAGCCGCCAAUUGACGACGCUGAAGUUGUACGACCCUCGUCACCACAAGCGAUCCGCCUAGGACCCUACCGCAACGCAAUUCUCGUACAAGAACAGGAUGAAGACCCAGAGCACGACUCCUUGUCCUUUCCGGCUUUCAAGAUGGUUGAGAACAAGAAUAGCACAGUGCUCGCGCUAGCUACCACAAUGAAGCAUUUCGAUCGUCCCUGGCCGGAUUCUGUGGCAUCCUCAGGCGUUCUUGUAGACUCGGAGGAAGUAUUGCCUCUUGAUUGCGUAGCUGCUACGUGCCACCAUCCACGGUAUAAUUCUGCUACUUCGCCUAGCAGUUCUCUCUCGAGUUUUUCGCUGGGUCCACCGAGGAGUGUAGUGCACGUUGCGGAGCAGAGCCUUGUUUCCAUGACGCGCAGUGACAGCUUGCUUGACGCCAAGGAAAUCGAUGUGGAGGUUGAUCCUCUAGAAGAAGUAAACAAGGUUCCGGCACAGUACAAAGCCGGGGAACCUGCAGCUGAACAGGCGACGUCUCCGCCACAUGCCGACUACCCGCAAAAUUCAACAGGUCAAACUACAGGGACUGCAUUUCAUGACAACGUGGGGCUGCCUUUAGGUGAUAUUUUGAACAAUGCUGGUGGGGUAAAAGAUGCUACUGAGGAUGCCUUCGUUCGGGUAGAGCGUAGCGACGUCGACAGAGUGCGAAAACGCAACAAAAAUUGUGCUCCAAGAGCCGCGGCUGCUGGAGGGUCAAGCGCUCGUGGUGUCACAACCGCAGAAGACGUUGACAAGUUCGCAACUGAGUGUUCGGCGACGGCAAGAAGCGGAAAGGACAACCUCCCCGGACUUGAAGCUAAGAGUGGUAGUUGUGCAGCGACAACCGCAAAACGCUCCGGACCAUGCCUUGCGGUCGAGCAACGACCUCAAGAACUACAUCAUUCCUUUUGCGUUUGUUCCGCAGGUUCUCCACUACUUUCACGGCCCGUUUGCGCGGCAGAUGACCUCGACGACGAGCCAAUAGAAGUGGAAUCUACUGCUGGUAGUAGAAGCCAACAAGAAGACCACGCUGCUCUCUACUGCGCCAACAGCGACCAAGCCGAGGCCCGUUACUUUCUCUUUGAGGAGUUGCUGCGCAUGGUGCGCGGCCCGGAUGCGCGCAUCGACCGCUUUCAGAUGCGGGAGCUGCUUGACCUCCUGCAGCUGCCCAAUUUGAUGGACCAUUACAUGACGCACCAAGCAAAUGGCCCGGACUCGCCAGAUGUCGACUGGCUGUCCUUAUGCGGUGCGCAACUCCCCCGUCCCGCUCCUUUGGACAAAGGCCUGGGCAGGAACACAAGUGAAAGUAAGUACCACUAGCAGCGUAGCUUUCGCAUGACAGAUUUGCGCGUAGCAUGAUGUACGUAAGUGUUCUUUGGGGGGCGGUCGAACUUCGUCAUUCGAUUUGAUAAAUGUAUGACCGGGCACGCGUGGUCUUGCGAGCCUGUGAGCCAAGGCCGACAGUGGUCGGUCUAUAUUUUAUGAGCGGGCUCAACCCGCCCAUCACGGUAACCAAAACCUGAGUAGCAUGAAUAUGAACCAGACAGGGGCGCAGUUUUGCGUUGAUUUUCCUGCUCUGUGUUUGACAUGCUGGGUUUUCAGGGACUUGCGCCCCUGCCGAUGGUAGCUUGAUUGUGAUUCGCCGAGGGUGAUUAGAGCUGCUAUUUUGCUCUGCCUUAGGCCGAUUUAUUUCCUCCUGAUUUCUCCAGUUCUGGAGAGGGAGAGUUUAUUUUCAAUCCUAGUUUCGGAUUAUGAUUGGUCUCCCCUGAUUUCUCUCGUUCCGGAGAGGGGGAGAGAGUUUAUUUCCAGUCCUAGCUUCGGGCUAGGUUGGAUUUCUCCUGAUUUCUCCCGUUCCGGAGAGGGAGAGUGGUUUUAUUUCCAGUCCUAGUUUCGGGCUAGGUUGGACUUCUCCUGAUUUCUCCCGUUCCGGAGAGGGAGAGUGGUUUUAUUUCCAGUCCUAGUUUCGGGCUAGGUUGGACUUCUCCUAUUUUCUCCCGUUCCGGAGAGGGAGAGUGAUUUUAUUUCCAGUCCUGGUUUCGGACUAGGUUGGAUUUCUCCUGUUUUCUCCCGUUCCGGAGAGGGAGAAUUGAGUUUAUUUCCGGUCCUAGUUUCGGUCUAGGUUGGAGUUCUCCAGAUUUCUCCCGUUCCGGAGAAGGAGAGUGAUUUUGUUUCCAGUCCUAGAAGUUUCGGGCUUGUUUGGAUUUCUCGUGAUUUCUCCCGGUUUGGAGAAGAAGGAUUUGAGUUCCCGUCCUAGCUUCGGACUACGUUUGAUUUCUCCUGUUUAUUUUCCCCCGAUCUGGAGAAGGGACAUUUAUUUUCAGUCCGAGUUGCGGACUAUGUCGGAUUUGUGCGGUUUUCUCCCGUUUCUGGAGAGGGAGAAUGUAACUCCGGUCCUAGUUCCGGACUAACUAUGUUGGGCGUCUUCUAUUUUCUCCAAUUUUGGAGCGGGGGGCUUCGCCCUAAGUCCGGGGGUUUGAAGUAUGCCCCAGAUUUCUAGUUUCCAGCUCGAGGGAGGGAGGCUCCGUCCUGUUUCGGAUGAUUUCUUUGCGAGUGGCCUCCUAUUCCCCCCUUGCGAGGAGAGAGUAGGGAAUCCAUUUCCCCUUCGGGGUCGAUUUUGUUUGAUUUUCGCAUCCGUUUGUGAUGGCGGAGUGAGUCUCUGCUUGAUUUCGCAUUUUUAUUUGCCGCGCUUUCCCCGUACAAAUCGGAGUAUCCCCCUUGUGUCUCUCAGCGAGCGUGUUUCAGUCCUGUUGUUAGUCGGGCUUGGAGCAGUUUAUCGCCACACAUCUCUCGUGCUGGUGAGGGAGCAUCGGCCGCGUUUAUGCCGUUUCUUCGGGGGCUUCUCCACUCUCCCCGCUCGGGGAGUGGGUUUCUCUUGGAUUUCCACUUGUGAGGGCAAGAAGUCUAUUGCCCCAGGUUCUCCCGGGUGCGGAGAAGGAUUUCAGGGUCUAGCUGCAGGCUGCUUUUCUGCUCUAAUUUCCGGCUUCUGCCGGCUUUGGUUUUCUUGUGGGUCUCACUUUAUUACUCAUUUUCGAGAUGUGCUUGCCCUUGCAGGCUUCUUUCUCGAGGUCUACUUGCAAGGUUUUGCUCCGUUGUAUUCGACAUGGGGCGCCAUUCUGACCUUGGUUAUUUUCAUUUCAACCUUGCUCGGCUUUGUGGCACUGGCGGUUUGAAUCCGUUAAACCUAAAAGAGGGCAGGCGCGAGAUGGAAAGGCUAGGGAUGCGCCCGGCGCCUCGUGCGCCGGGGUUUUGUUUUCGCGGAUUCUUUUGGUUCCGGUUUCCGGGUUUCUGCCGUCCCUAGCUCCACGAGCCGAGUCGAGGGCUUGAGAUGAAAUGACCAAGGUCAGCGAUGGCGCAUGUGGCGCAGGUUUUCCCCUGUCGGGAUGUUUUCUUUCAAGGUAUUCCGAUUCUCCUCUGGAGGGGGUGAUCUUUCUAUAUGGAGCUUCGUGCCCCUAUGUUGUUUGCCUGUGGUUUUAGGACAUCUUCAGAUCCCUGUUGUACAGGGUGCGAGGAGUGUUGUGUCAAGAGUCGAUCCGGUUGCAUCAUUACGCAGCGAUGUGGUAUCCUCUUCCGAAUCCUUUGCCCGCCUUUUUCGGUUCAGGGGGCGAGAAGUGUUAGUCCCUGGAGAGAGGAGGUCGUCGGGCGUUUUUGUUGGGUGUCUCAUGUUUAUCGGGCAAACUUUCGUAUGUGUGUGUGAGGAUUCUUGGCAGGAUUGUAGGGGGCACUGCGCCUUCCCUGCAGGGCUUGGUCCUUUUCUUUCUGAUGUCGCAGCAUGCGCGUUGACCGGAUCACAAGCAUUACCUCGAGGUCCAUUUGGCAUGGUCAUGGGUGUUAGUGUUUCUCGAGGUCCUCACGGCCAUCGUCGCUGAGGUGGGUGUUGUUUGCUUACUGCUCCAGAGGCAGUCUUAGUGAGUUCGCGCGCAUCUCCGGAAGGGUGUCGCAGAUGACGGCUCCAAUCUUUUCAUGGGCUCCGGACUCUCUUUCCCUGUGUCAUGGUGCCGGGUGGCUCCGAGUUUUCUUUGCACGCAGUGUCUUCGGAAAGGAUCCCGCGCCGAAGUUAUUAUUUCCGUUUGAAACACACAGCUUGCGCGGGCGUUGUGGCCACCGCCGCGAGGUCUACUCUUGUGCUUUGGAAGGUUCCUUCCUGGAUAGUUGUUUGGUAUGCAGGUCUUUGACCUGGGGGCGCGUUCAUCCCCGUGGGCUCUUGAUCUGAGUACUUCUUGUUGCUCGAUGACUUUCCAGCAUUUCCCCGGCCGCAUCCCGGCCGAGUUGUCAGGGUUGAGACCUCUUUCAUCAGUGUGCGAGUGGUCAAGCGCACUACGUAUCCGAAGUGAAGCCGGAGCUUCCGGGGAGUUAUUUCCUAUAUUAAAUGUUCUUACGCUGAUUCUUGGGCAGCGCUUCUGCCACUAGCUGCUCUUGUGGUUUCGGUAGUUGACAAGGAUUUUGCUAAGGGCCAGGGCGAAGGCGCUUUGUUUCGCCCUUUUGGAGCCUUGUUGGGAUGCUGUGUGACAGUCUUUGGCAUCUCAGUCGGUGUCGUCGCACGCACUCUUGCGUGUGGGGCGGCUGUUCGGUACCCAAAUUCAUCUCCAGCUGGUGCCGUAGGGUUCUUUGGGUCGCGUCGAUGCGUUGCGUCUCCGCCGGUGGGGUAGGCUCUCCACAUGCUUGGUCGCGGGCGCCUGCACCUCCUGACUCCCGGAGCGCACAUCCAACGAUGAUCAUCCAUAGGAUGAUCUAUCCGUCGGAGAAGAUGUUGACUAGAUCAUAAAAUGUAUGACCGGGCACGCGUGGUCUUGCGAGCCUGUGAGUCAAGGCCGACAGUGGUCGGUCUAUAUUUUAUGAGCGGGCUCAACCCGCCCAUCACGGUAACCAAAACCUGAGUAGCAUGAAUAUGAACCAGACAGGGGCGCAGUUUUGCGUUGAUUUUCCCACCCUCCCGCCCCUCUUCUUUUCUUGUUGUCUCUUCUUCCGAGCGGAUGGAUCAUGAGGCUUCGCGCCGCUUCAUUUUUGAGGUGUGACAGAAGCCCAUCACUUGCAUUCGGGAACGGGGGUAGGCUCUCCACAUGUUAGGUCGCGGGCGCCUGCACCUCCUGAUUCCCGGAGCGCACAUCCAACGAUGAUCAUCCAUAGGAUGAUCUAUCCGUCGGAGAAGAUGUUGAGUAGAUCAUAAAAUGUUGCAUGACACAACCUGAGGGGUACGAGUCGAAGAUGUGCACUCUCAUAGUCCUUCCGGACGGAACUGAAAUCUUUGCUGGCAACGUCGCUAGAGUCACGGUCCCCAUCUUGUUCGCGCGCCGCACCCGCAGCUUUCCCGAUCAUCUGCUCACAUGGCAUUGACCGCUCAGCGGCAGAAAAAGAAGGACCUCGACCACUGGAAGAAAAAAUUGCGGGACGCAAAAAGCUGGACGAGCCGUCCCAGCAAGAUGGACCUGCGGUCGGCUACAAGAACAAUAAGGCUGUACCCGUUGGUGCGGGUCGUGAUCCUCUUCUUCAGCACGCAACUGCUACAGCAGGCCACGGAGGUUCUUGUUCGCAUGUGAUUUUUCUCCCGGUGAUGCUCUUGGUGAAAGGACGUCUACGGCAACUAAUUGGCAGUGCCGACCAUUGGGCCUGCAUUGGAAUCGAUAUCGAAAAUGGAGUGGUGGAGCUCUAUAACAGUACCGCGGGGCAGGGUUUUGCGGAGCUCCACUCCGGAGUAGAAAAAGCAAAACUGUGCAAAGAAAUUACUUCGCGCGCACGAACUCAGCAUGCCCGGGCAUUUCGACAGCGGGACCACAUCAAGGUUGAUACCGCGGCUCCGGACGGUGCGCAAGAAGAGCGUAGUCGCUCGACUGUUCUUGCGGAAGAUGAGAGUGCCGCGAGCUUUUGUUUGGUUGCGUCUGGUGGCCAAGGAGGAACAAGAAGAGCGAGCACCAGUGACGUAUCUACUGGUACUGCUAGUCAACACUGCUAUAACAUUCAAGGCGUCGCCACAAACGCGGAUCCUUUUCUCAUGGUGCAGAAACCUCUAAGUGAGUUCUGGCAACCGGAGAACGUGACCUGGCUGGAAGAUCAUGAUCUAGUAGAAGUAGCUCCGGUGCAGCAAGACGAAGUAGAACAGACUUCCGAGGCGGUGGCGGCGGGUCAAAUCAUGACAAAUGAUUCCCGUGAAAGUGAAGCCCUGACACGGCAGCAAAGGGAGACGCCAGACGACAUAGAAACGUUUCUCGAAACGGAGAACUUGCUGGCCUUUCGCGAACAGCACCGCGGCGUGUUUUCCGCUCUCGCGGAGCGCGUCCUGCAGCACGGCAAGGCCAGUUGUCGACCAACUCAGUUUGUGCGUGGCCAGGGUGGGGAGUCCUUAUCGCUGGCAGACUUUCUGGAAGAGGUUCGGAGCCUCGUGAUGGAAGUGCUUUCUGAGGCAAAGGGCCAGAGAUCCCGUGGCGCGACGGUAGAUCAAGGACGGCAAGAGCAAGAAGAAUGCUCCGUGGAAAUCGACAGCGCCCACGUGCCCCUGCAGCAUGACCGGAACAGCUGUGGCUUUUUCGUGUUGCACUACAUGCUGCACCGCACGAAAUAUCCCAGUCUGCAGGCCUAUCUCAGGGCCGCGCUCCUCGAAACUCGGCGUCAUCGGCUUCGCGCCUGCACCGCUGCAGACAUUAUCGAUCAUGUAGUGGUCGAAGAAACCACGAGCGUUCACGUAGCCGAGACCGGAGGAAGUUGUGCCGUGAUGGCCGACUGCGUGCGCGAAGAGGGUACUGCACCACCAACUUCAUGUUCUUCAACAAACGUGAGCCUCGACGCAGAUCAUCUUUCUGGUCAAGAUGUAUUAGCGCCGGCAGAAGAACAGAAAACCAACGCAGUCUCAGUCACAGCAGCGCAUAUAGUUCUAGAGCACAGGAGACACAGUAUUCAUGAGCUUGCGCCUCGGCCGCAUACUGCAGCUAGCACACAUGAUGGUAGUACCUUGCAGCCCCCCAGCUCCUCCUCCUCGACGCAAGAAGAAAUCCUCGACAGAGAUGAAACACCUGUUGACACGCUGGCUUCUUCCUCUUUCUGGCGGGAGCCGUCUCGCCGAGGGUUUCUCCUUCAGCCCCCCGCAUUUUCCAACGCUGCUUAUCUUGCGAUGCGAGGACUGUUUGGCGAUCUAUUCAGUGUGGGACCACCAGUGCGAAGCGCAGCUGAAGUGAUCAUGAGUGAAGACCAGCAGGGGGUCGCUAACGAGGACACGAGCGCCUGCGCCACUGGGACGAGCAGAGCGGAGGACCGUGCGCCUCUGCAAGUCACAUGCUCGUCACAUUCACGAAGAAGUGCUGAAGAAAUAGAGCCGUCUACCACUUCCAUCGCGACUGGAGCCGCUAGUAAAACUACUGCCUCUUCUACAAGUAGCGUAGCCUCUGCCUCAUCUGGUCUUAUUUCGGUACCAACCGUCCCAGGCGGCGCCUCUACAACAGUGUCACGCUCCCGCAGCGCGGAGCCUACAAACAGUAACAGAAGUCGGUUUUUGGUGUCCGUACUUCGCGACGAGGCGGAGCUUCUGCGGCAGUUAAACUCUGGUUGGAUUUCCAACUGGCGCACCGAAGAAUUAGCUCGACUUGUUGAUCGCCGGGCGGUUCAAAUUUGUCAGGAAAUUUCCUGCGCUGGAACACUUAGUACAGUAUUGGACGACGACUGAUACUGUGCUACUUAGGUGUAAUCGCGGUCGUGCUUAAGUGUAGUCCCGGUCGAUCACCAGAUAUAACCGCUACAGCAACUUUGAUUCUUUGUACCACUUCCACUCCGGGUUCUUUUCUUCAGCUAUUAUUUAACUUCCAGGUAGUUCUUCUUAAUGUACUCAGUCAUUAGUCGCUCAUGAGGCCGUAUUAGUAUUUUGUUUCCGCGUAUUAAGUGUGAGCUACAGCUAGGUAGAGAAAAAUACCCACUCCGCUGUUGCGGUUGACAGUUGUUUCUGUGUGAGAUGUAAGCUGCUAUGCUAAGCACCGCACUUACACUGUGGCUCUCCAAUACUAGUCCGCUAUCUGACUGAUGUAAAAGUUAAUUCUCGACCUGAUUCCUGAUGAUUGCAAAAUGACAAAAAUUUCGAAAUCUUGUCACGAUAGUUCAGUGCUGGUCUCGCAAACUUCGC